AUGUGGCUCCUGCUUCCAUUUGCAUCGCUCACCUGCCUCGGGCAGUCGGGGCGUCAAUCAACGAUCGCUCGGAGAAGUCAGAGCACUGCUACGGCAGGCCCACGAGCCCUGGCGGCUUUGCCUUCUCGCGACAAAGCUCGGCUGAUCUUGGCCGCGGGUGGCGCAGAAUGGUGGGAAGAGGCCGGCGGAGAAUGGGCUCAAGUCCAGAAGGCCACCGACCCCGACUUGGGGAGUCCCUUCUUCUCAGUGGCCGCGGAGCCCGGAACUGGAGUCGUUGCGGUUGGAGGAGGCGCCGGACGCACAGCCAGCAUCUUCGGCCCGAACGGCUCCUUGCUGGCCACUCUUCGCGGGCACACCGGUUGGGUUCGUGAUCUGCUAUUCCACGACGGCCAUUUGUUCAGUAUCGGGUGCAACUUCAUCAAAGUCUGGAGGAAAUAUGGUGCUGACAAGCAAUCAGCUUCGUCUUGGCAUCACGUCGGUGACCUUGAGGUGAGAGGUGAUCUCCUUGCACUUGCCGUGUGCGGCGGGUUUUUGGUCGCAGCUGGAGCCUCCAAGCACCACAACUGGUUCCGGCUGCCUGUCAAAGAGCUGCGCCCAAAGGACUGGCUCGCCGAAGCGCAAGCAUCACUUACUCUAAGCGAGAGCCCUCAUGCCGGUCGUACAACCGCUUUGGCCUCCUCCGGAGCGAGGCUGUUGUCAUGCGGGCACGAUGGCCGAGUAUGUGUGGAGAGGGUGCACAGCGACGACAUUCAACGAAGAUGCCGGCCCGGGUCGUCCCAUAAACUUCCGGGCAAGCUUCUCUGUAUGGCUCUUCUCGAGAAUGGCGAAAUGGCUCUUGGCAGCGAGGUGGCUCAGCUCUUAGGGCCUCCACCCAGAUCAGCGAGAGUCAGCAGAUUUUUGUUCGAGACAAGGAGGGUUUGA